AUGCCAUCCUUUGACAGAGAACGGGGCGGCAGGUCAAGGAAGCAAGAACAGAUCAUGCAUCAUGUGUCAGAGUUUGGAUAUCUCACUCCGCCGGCAUCACCAGCAUCAUUCGACCAGCAGUAUAUCUUCCCCCCACCUCACCAGCUACAGCAACAUCACUAUGUCCCGAUGCCAGCCGAAGACCGACUAGGCAUGUUCAUCACCAACUCGCUCCAACUCUCAGGGAUCCUGGGGUCUGGUGCAUAUGGUGUGGUUUAUUCAGCCGUCGACCUGAAGGACAAUGUUCGCUAUGCCGUCAAGUGCCUCAGCAAGUUCAACCCCGAUGGGACCCCGCUGGAUGCUCGCCAGAUUACGUUUCAACGCCAGGAGAUACGUUUGCACCACCAGGCUUCGGGGCACCCUAAUGUAGUCUCGAUGGUCAAGAUCAUCGAACAACAUGACUGCAUCUACGUUGUCUUGGAGUACUGCCCGGAGGGUGAUCUGUUCUAUAAUAUCACCGAACGUGGGCAAUAUGUUGGUAAAGAUGAGCUCGCCAAGAGUGUUUUCCUCCAGAUCCUGGAUGCCGUAGGACACUGCCACAGCCGGGGAAUUUACCACCGGGACUUAAAGCCAGAGAACAUCCUCGUCUCUGACAACGGCGAAACUGUCAAGUUGGCAGAUUUCGGCCUCGCAAUACAACAGGCAACAUCUAUGGACUACGGGUGUGGCUCAACAUUUUAUAUGUCGCCAGAGUGCCUGGAUCAAACAGCAAGGAGGCCUUUCUAUUAUUGCGCGCCGAAUGAUGUCUGGAGCCUUGGAGUCAUCCUGGUGAAUCUCACCUGUGGACGUAACCCAUGGAAGCAAGCGUCUUUUGAGGACUCCACCUACCGGGCCUACGUCAAAAGCAAGGAUUUCCUCAAGACCAUUCUCCCGGUGUCGGACGAACUGAACGACAUCUUGGGGAGGAUUUUCACGCCCAAUCCUGACCACAGGAUUACCUUGCCCGAGCUGCGAAGCCGGAUUCUUGCUUGCUCCAGGUUCACCCAGUCGCCCGCAUCACUUGAGCAGCAAGUUACAUAUGUUGACGCCGAGGAAUACCCGUCGCCCAUGUCACCCUCUUCGUCGGACUCCAUGUCUGAUGAGGGCUCUACUUGCUCCUCGGAUGAAGGGUCGCUUACCUCGGCAUGCUCGAGUAUUGAGGACUUGGAGGAGGACGAUGAUGAUGACUUGGUCUCGGAUAUUCCGGAGAUCAAGACACCGCCGCCACAGCAGCCAUUGCAGGGAAGAGAGCCGGUGAUCUUCGAACCCUUGGAGGAUCCCAACGUUAUGACGCAGUACAAACACGACUACUUCCAGCAGCCUUACCCAACAACGGUCCCGCAACCUGUCCAGCAGCCGAUGAUGCCCAUUUCGGUCCAGCCGAACUAUGCACCAUCAAAGUACCCAUCUGGAAACCUUUGGGAAACGAUCAAGUACUAUACGCAUUCACACCACGCUCCCUUCCACCAGAUGGUCUUUGUCCGGAUUAUGAUACCCAGGAGCCCGGGAUAA